AAUUCAGUUAGACAAAUCAUGGCGCUUAACGCAUUGGCCUUGGCGAGCGUGGGGGCUUCAAUAGCCCUAUUCAGAAUUGUACAGUUAAUUCUCGGUAUAUAUUCAAAUAUUUACGUGGAUAAUUCAGAACUGUAUCCGCCUCAAGCGAAUAUAACUGAUAUAGACAGUUUCGACUUCAUCAUAGUGGGCGCGGGGUCUGCAGGAUGCGUGUUGGCAAACCGACUCACCGAGGUCUCUGACUGGUCCGUACUGCUGAUAGAAGCUGGAGACUACCCGGCGGCCAUAUCGAACCAACCGGCAUUCCCGUUUCUCGUUUCCAACUCAUAUGUCGAUUGGAAACGCUAUUCUGUAGAUGAUGGUUACUCAUCACAAGCUCAGAAAAACAAAAAAAUUCGCAUGAACAGUGGCAAAAUGGUAGGAGGCUCAAGCGGAGCUAACUUUAUGUUCUACGUCAGAGGGAAUAAGGCAGACUUCGACAAAUGGGUCGCCGAAGGUAACGAGGGAUGGGACUGGGAGACAGUAAGUUACUACUACAAAAAAAGUGAGGGAAUGAGAGAUGAAGCAAUUUUAAACAGUUCAUCCAGCUAUCUGCAUAACACGGACGGAUACCUUGGAGUCACUCGGCUUAAUUGGCCAGAGGAGACUAAACCGUACUUCGAUGCUUUUAGAGAGAACGGUCGCGAAAUAUUGCUGGAUACUAACGGUUCCCCGCAGAAUGGGUACUCGCAGCCACAGAUGACAAUUGAUAAAGGAAUUCGUCAAAGUACAGCAGUGGCGUUUAUAAGACCUAUUAAAGAUAGAAAAAAUCUCAACAUUUUAACUAAUACAAUGGCUAGGAAAGUAAUUUUGGACGAGAAUAAUAAGGCAAUUGGCAUCGAGAUAAAGUUAGCUGAUGGAACAAUUAAGAACGUCAUGGCUCAUAAAGAAAUAAUUUUAUCAGCGGGCUCUUUUAUUAGUCCUCAAUUGUUAAUGCUAUCCGGUGUCGGACCCAGUGAUCAUUUGAAAGAGAUGGACAUAGAAGUGAAAGUAGAGUCACCACAAGUAGGAAAAAAUUCUCAAGAUCAUCCAAUCGUAUUGGUAACAUUGACUGGAAAGGAAAAUCCAACAUCAGUUACAAAAAACCUUCAAGUUUUUGACCAUUUAGAAAGUUUCGCCGGCCCAGUAUUGAUGGGACACCAGGCUUUGAAUAAACAACAAACGUACCCUGAUUAUCAAGCUAUUAGCUUUCCAUUACCGGCCGCUGGUUUAUUAUCAAUAGUUAUGUGUUCUCAUAUGUUUGACUUAGAAGACCACAUAUGUGCCGCUCUUAUUGAAGCAACUUUAUAUAAAGAACAUCUAACCAGUUGCAUUAGUCUUCAACACCCGCACUCAAGAGGUCAAAUAAAACUUCAAAGUAAUGAUCCUGAAGACCCUCCGUUGAUAUACACAGGAUAUUUCACUGAUGAACGAGAUUUAGAAACAUUCGCCUCCUCCGUGGAAGAUUAUCUGACAAUCCUCAAUACGACAGUGUUCAGGGAAAUGAAUUCAGAAGUAGUUAAUAUGGACGUUCGUCAAUGCAACCAUUUGGAGUUCGGAAGUCAUGAUUACUGGAAAUGUUUUGUUUUGAAUACAGCUGGUACCGAAUGGCACACUAGUGGUACAUGCCGCAUGGGUCGGGAAGGUUUUGGAGUAGUUAAUGAGAGAUUACAAGUAUACGGAGUGCAGAAUCUCAGGGUAGCUGAUGCGAGUAUCAUACCGCAUAUUACCAGUUGUAACAUCAACGCACCGACAAUAAUGAUCGGCGAAAAAGCUGCCGAUAUGAUCAAAGAAGAUCAUAACGUCGCUGUGUAUCAUGCUAAUUAAAAUAACAAUCAUUCAUCAGUUACCAGUCUGUAUCAAAAAAUAGCAUUAAACCUCCAAUUGUUAAAGAAGUUUUUUUUUUAAAUAUAUUUAUUGGAAGUUUUCAUUUAUUGUAGUAUCUAGAAAGAAAGAAAGAAAAAAAAGAAAAA